GUUGCAUCCUCGCAGCCAGAAAAAAAGUACCACGUAUUGUCGCCUUCGGCGAGCGAGAGUUCCCCCUGCGUUCGAAAGCUAGAAGUAGAAAAGACACAAUCCACCCUCUCCCAGCGACACGGCUAUACCAACGGCUCGACCCCAUUCGCCUCAGGCCAUCCCACCACCACUAUCUCUGUGCAGCAGCAAUGGCCAUAAAACAUGCCUCCCCAGUGACCGUUUCCCUCCACGACCUCCAAUCCAACAACAUACCCUUUCAAACCCUUCUCGCCGCCUUCGGUCCCGACAGCCUAGGCAUACUCGUCGUAAAAGACCUCCCACCAAACUUCACCACCCUUCGCACAAAAGUCCUGUCCAAUUCCUCCCGUCUAGCCGCCCUCCCACCAACCACCUUGUCGCAACUCACCAAACCCUCGGCAAAAUACCUAGUAGGCUGGUCUCACGGCGUCGAGACCCUACGACCAGGAGUCAUCGACACAGCAAAAGGAAGCUACUACAUCAACUGCGCCUUCUAUCAGUCUCCCGACCUCAACGGCGCAGAUGCGACCAAAUUUCCUGGGUUUGAAGAAUACACAGCGCCCAACGUCUGGCCUGAGGACAGUCACAUCCCAAGCUUUCGAAGUGAUGCAGAGGAUCUGAUAAGUCUGAUCAUCGACACGGCGGUGCUUGUGGCGAGGGCGUGCGAUCGGUUCGCGGAGCACGCAAUUUCGGGGUAUGAAGAUGGGUAUCUAGAGAGAGUAGUGAAGGGAAGUACGACGACGAAGGCGAGACUAUUGCAUUAUUUCCCCAUACCGGUCCAAGAUCAGAGCACACAGAGCAAUGGGUCCUCACAGAACACGCACUCCAACAGCAACAGCAGCCAGGACACGGAGGAAAAAGAGGUCGACGACUCAUGGUGCUCAACGCACCUCGACCACGGCUGUCUCACGGGCCUGACGAGCGCAAUGUUCAUCGACGAAGCAUCGGAAGACACAGAACUUCCUGCCUCACCGGAUCCAAAGUCGGGCUUAUACAUACUCUCGCGAUCCGGCCAGAUCCACAAAGUCAGCAUCCCGAGAGAUUGUCUUGCCUUCCAGACGGGUGAGGCUCUAGAGCUCAUCACGCGAGGCAAGUUCAAGGCUGUGCCGCAUUUCGUCAAGGGUGUGGACCCGAAAAACUGUGAGUCCAGCAGCAGGAUUGCGAGGAAUACGCUGGCUGUCUUCACGCAGCCUAACCUAGAUGAACUCGUGGAUGCCGAGACGGCUCUCACGUUUGGCGAGUUUGCUAGAGGGGUUGUGAAAGAAAACACUGCUGGCUAAGGAGGAAGAAACGCGGUAGUGCCUGUCGAGACCUAAGCCGACCGUCCAUCCCUUCGACAAGAAAUUGGCAGGCAUCCAUUAUUACUGCUGCAAGGUCGCUCCGCUGUUUUUCGAAGCAUUUUGGACCACAGCCAGCCCAGCCCCAAACGCCUCGCUUCG